UAAGAAUGACUGUGAUUGGUUAAUCAAGGUGAUAGAGAUAGCAAGCACAUGUUUUAAUUUGAGCAGUAGCAAGGAGAUUAAAUGUAGACAUGCUAUUAUUUCAUGUGACCUUCACAUGAAAGUGGCUGUAGCACAGUCCCUGGCCCAGACAUACACAUUGGCUUUCUGUGGUUCCCUUGCCACUCAGUGGGCCUGACUCUGAACAAGUCAUCCAGGAUUUCAAUUAACCAGGAUAUUUGAACAAGGUCCCAUUUAUCUGAACAUGGGAAGAAGAAAACAACUCACACAAGAAGAGUUCUGAUAUCUUCACUCACAAAUGGGGUGCCUUUUGCCUAUUUGUCAAGGCUGUUAUGAGAAUGAAGUCAAAUGCUGUUGCUGAGUUUGCUUUGCAAAUAUCCCACUUACUCCAGGAAUUGCCUUUCCAUUCUUUCAACUAGUAGCAUGCAAACAGAGUUCUGUCUUCAGGAGAACAAGACACUGACACUCAUUGCACGGAAUGCACCAAGGCUCCAUCCUCGUGCAUGGACUUUGAGAUCAGAGUCAGGGGCCUCUGAGCUCCCGCGCGCCAGGGGGUGCUCUCCACAAUCAUCUGGGCGAAGGGAGCCACCAGCGGGGCAAGGAACUUAGGCACCAGGAGCCUUAGAAGCCCCGAAACGCUCCUGCCGCCUCCAGAAAGCAGGGGCAGUUUACCGAAGUGACUGAGGAAACGAGCUACAUUGAAGACAACUCCAUUCAAAAUGGUGCCAUUUCACUGAUUUUCUCGCUCAAAGAAGAAGUUGGUGCACUGGCCAAAGUCUUGCGCUUAUUUGAGGAGAAUGACAUAAACCUGACCCACAUCGAGUCCAGACCUUCUCGACUAAACAAGGACGAGUAUGAAUUUUUCACCCACCUGGAUAAACGCAGCAUGCCUGCCCUGACCAGCAUCAUCAAGAUCCUCAGGCAUGACAUUGGCGCCACUGUCCACCAGCUCUCCCGAGACAAGAAGAAAGACACUGUGCCCUGGUUCCCAAGGACCAUUCAAGAGCUUGACAGGUUUGCCAAUCAGAUUCUGAGCUAUGGCGCCGAACUGGAUGCCGACCACCCGGGUUUUAAAGAUCCUGUGUACCGAGCAAGAAGAAAGCAGUUUGCUGACAUUGCCUACAACUACCGCCAUGGGCAGCCCAUCCCUUGGGUGGAAUACACGGAGGAAGAGAAGAACACGUGGGGGACGGUGUUCAGGACCCUGAAGUCCUUGUAUAAAACCCACGCUUGCUAUGAGUACAAUCACAUUUUCCCUCUGCUGGAAAAGUACUGUGGCUUCCGUGAAGACAACAUACCCCAGCUGGAAGACGUCUCUCAGUUCCUGCAGAGUUGUACUGGCUUCCGCCUCCGACCAGUGGCUGGCCUGCUGUCUUCCCGAGAUUUCUUGAAUGGCCUGGCCUUCCGAGUGUUCCACUGCACACAGUACAUCAGACACGGAUCCAAGCCCAUGUACACCCCUGAACCUGACAUCUGUCAUGAGCUCCUGGGACAUGUGCCCUUGUUUUCAGAUCGCGGCUUUGCCCAAUUUUCCCAGGAAAUUGGCCUGGCCUCUUUGGGUGCUCCUGAUGAGUACAUCGAGAAACUCGCCACCAUUUACUGGUUCACUGUGGAGUUUGGGCUCUGCAAGCAAGGGGAUUCCAUAAAGGCGUAUGGUGCUGGGCUCCUGUCAUCCUUUGGUGAAUUACAGUACUGCUUAUCUGACAAGCCGAAACUCCUCCCCCUGGAGUUGGAGAGGACAGCGACUCAGACAUACAAGGUCACAGAGUUCCAGCCCCUGUAUUAUGUGGCUGAGAGUUUCAGUGAUGCCAAGGAGAAAGUGAGGAACUUUGCUGCCACGAUCCCUCGACCCUUCUCAGUGCGUUAUGACCCCUACACCCAAAGGAUCGAGGUCUUGGACAACACCCAGCAGAUUAAGAAUUUGGCGGACUCCAUCAACAGUGAAGUUGGAAUCCUUUGCAAUGCCCUCCAGAAAAUAAAGUGAAUCUACAGACAGAACUUGGGUCAACUGAGAAGCUGUCCAUAGAAAUCUGGCUACUUUUUUCAUCCAUACAACUGAAAAAAAAAACAACAAAAACUUUAUGUGACAUGUUAGCCUUAAAUACCUUUUAGAACAAAA